CUAAUGCCACUCUCAGGAGGAGCGCUCAUGUGAUUGCGGAAAGCAGCUGACCACUCAUUUUUACGAGCUUUGCCCACCGCCUCCUGUCCUCGUUCAUUCUCCUUGCUCUGGAUAGUUUGCAUUUUGUGUUGAACGGUGGGGUCUAAAGAACCACAGACGGCUUUGGUAAUUCAGUAACAUGACUUCGGUGAACUUGAUUGGUUGGAAGUGGAGGCGGGUGCUGGGCGCCCUUCUUAUUUGUUUCAUGAUCUGUGAUUUAGCUUAUUGUCACAAAGAUGCUCAAGAGCAGAAGAGUCCAGGGAGGAAGUCCAAGUCCAGCAAACCCAAAGUGGGGAAAGCAGCACACAAAGAACCCCCAGCAGUAAAAACCAAACCAAAGAUUAAAGCUCCAGCGCAGGUCCAAACCUUGCUUACACAGGUAUUAAACAGAGGUAGGUUCACCAAGGUGGGUGAGACUCUGAAGGUUCAGGUUGGAGACACUUUGGAGCUGAGGUGCAGGGGUAAACCUGUGCAGUGGGGCGUCCCGUCAUAUUUGGAGGAGGAUGACGAGGGCAGGUUGAGGAUGGUGCAGAACGAGCGAUACGGAGUUCUGACGCUAGUCAAUAGUACAGGAGCCGACACAGGGGAGUACACUUGCUACCCUAUGUUCUGUGAGGACACGGACUGCAGGAAAGACUACGACAAAGCCGGCAAAGUCUUUGUUUUCUUUACCGACCCACAGGAGCUUUUUGUUCCGUCAUCUGAUUACUACGAGGUAAUACAGCUGAGAACCAAUUGGCCGACGCGCCUCCCUUGUCAGGUGACUUCACCGGAAGCUAAGGUGACGCUGCACCGCGAGUACCCGCCAGUGGAGGUGGAAGUGGACGGGACGGAGAUCUCCUUCGACGUUAAGAAAGGCUUCACGAUCCAUCGACCGAGACCGUAUCACGCUGGAGCUUUGUACUGCGUGGCCAGCCUGGGGGGGCUGAGGCAGAGCUCCACCAAGUACAUGCUCAUCUAUGUCAACUACCCAAUGGCCCCCCCCGCCCCAGUGAUCCAAGCCAAUGCAAGCUCCGUGGCUACUGGUGAUAAUCUCCGUGUCAGCUGCACAGUGACGGGCGAGAGGGAUGUGGCAGUGGAUAUCACAUGGGAGUACCCCGGACAGCAGAUGGGGAGGCCUCCGUACACGCUAGAGAGCAUCCGCCCACUGGGCGGAGGUUCGGCAAGACACCAGACUCAGUCCAUCCUCCUGGUGGAUGAGGUGAGGGACGUGGACCAAGGAACAUACACCUGUACUGCCGAGAACCUGCAAGGUUCCAAAUCAGUGUCCACAACGGUGAAAGUACUUCCUGCUAAAGUUAAACCUCGAAAACCAUAAGAUGUCCUGUUUGACUCCGCUGACGCUGAUGUUUGUGCUAUUUUUGGAUCAACAACUAUUCCCAUACCGAUGUAGUAAUAUUUUGUAUGACAAGUUUGUAUUUGAAAUACUGCAAUUUUGCU